UAGGAUCCGCGUCGCCUCGCACUCGUCCGUUUGCCUUCGCUCGAUUCUCAGACAGACAAACUCCGCUGGUUUCCAGGGGUCAUCUCCUCAACGCGACGCGAAAUAAGCCCUUGCCGCGUUUUAUUUUUGGAAUUACCACCUAAAUGUAAUCUAAGCGGUACGGCUGGAGGGUUUUUCUUUUGACUUUGUUUGCAUGGGUUUUGCUGUCAACAUGAAGGAGCGCAACAUGAAAAGCUCGCAUCGAAAGUGGUAGGAGCAGCGGUGAAGAAGACCCCCCCUGAGCCUUGCCCUACAUAACCUCCCAGUGUGCCGUCUAAGAAGCCUCAGAGCUGCCAUGGCCAAGUGGCUGAAGGACUACCUGAGCUUCGGGAGCAGGAGGGUCCCCCCCCAGCCUCCCACGCCGGACUACACAGAGAGCGAGAUCCUCAGAGCCUACCGGCUCCAGAAGAACAUGGACUUCGAGGACCCCUACGAGGACGCAGAGAACCGGUCCAGGUGCGACCCGGGACCCCCCGACACGCCGUCCACCCCUGUGUACGGGUCGCCCAUGAAGUGCUCGAACCUGGACAUGAAGUCGCCCAAACACAGACUGAUCAAGGUGGACUCCCAGGACCUGGGGCGCACCAAGAUCCUCCUCAGUGCCAUCUCCUUGGAGGACCAGCAGGAGCCAGUGAUUCCGUCCGCUCCGCUGGCCCGCGAGACGGACUACUCGGACCCGUUUGACGCCCGGUCGGACCUGAGGACGGAGCCGGACCUGGGGCCCGUGACGCCCUGCGAGAACAACGGCUACAUGGAGCCGUACGAGGCCCAGCGCGUCCUCACAGAGCUGCAGCGUGGAACGGGAGGAGGAGGAGGAGGAGGAAGGGUUCGAGGGGGAGUGCAGCUCUACGACACCCCGUACGAGGACGAGCGGGGCCGGCGCCUGGGCUCCUUGGAGCCCCCCGAGGAGCGGGGCCGGGGCCCCAGCCUGGGCCAGCGCUACGGGGAGUCCCCCGACGAGGUCCGCGAGGGCAGCAGGCUGCCCCAGGACGACGAGAGGCCCGCCGACGAGUACGACCAGCCCUGGGAGUGGAAGAAGGACAACAUCUCCAAAGCACUGGCAGUUCAGUUCGACGGUGCCGAGUGGGACCGCUCCCCACCGCCGACGGAUCGGUUGCGGCCCCUGGGGCCCAGGCACAGCCCGCUGGCAGGCGGGGGGCUCAAGUUCCGCAUGCCCCAGGAGAGCCACACCAUGAUGGGGGAGCGAGUGGACCCCGGCCUGCCCCUGGAAAAACAGGUAUGGUACCACGGAGCUCUGACCCGGUCCGAGGCAGAGUCUCUGCUGACUCUGUGUAAGGAGUGCAGCUACCUGGUGAGGAACAGCCAGACCAGCCGCGCAGAGUACUCCCUCUCACUACGGAGCUGCCAAGGCUUCAUGCACAUGAAGCUCUCCCAGUACAAGGACGGCAAGUACGUGUUGGGCCAGAACAGCCCGCCCUUCGACAGCAUCCCCGAGGUCAUCCACUACUACACCACACACAAACUGCCCAUCAGGGGUGCGGAACACCUGUCCCUGCUGUUCCCCGUGCUGGUGCAGACGCUUUGAUUGCCACCCCCCCCCCCCCCCACCCCCCCCCAUCACCAGAACUCAUCCUGCACCUCUGGGGGGGGGGUCACUCGGUUCGCGAUUGGACGAAUAUGACCUGAACUCGAUUGACGAUUUGAAUGUCUUGGAUAUGGGGCCCAUCGUGGAGAGGGGAACCCUCAUCAGCCUGGCCUCUCUUUCGGACCGGACCACUUUCGUUGUGUUCUCUUAACGCAUGGACGGGGUCUUGCCAGUGCCCUCCUUCCCGCCUCACUCCCAACUCCCACACUGCGGUUGUACCAGUGCCAAGUGUCUCCAGUGUCCAGGGAAAUCAAUUCCCGUGCAAUACAAUACCGGAACGUUAAGGUCCGUUUCGCUGUCUUCGCUCAACUUUCUAAUGAUGCGCUAAGGAGAGGGACUUCUUCCUAUAGGCUUGCUGCUUUAUCCGUUCGCAUCCAAUGUACCCGACGGAAAUAAACGAGGAAAAGAGUUUUGUAAAGGUUGUGGGUCGUGAAAUGUUUUGAUUCCCUUUUGAAGAGUAUCUGAUGUUGGGGCUCGAUGGAGCGCUAAUACACAAACAGAUGUAUUAAACAGCAUCGAGAUUUGCAGAGCCCCCCCAUAGUGUUCUCAUCGCUUGUUGUGGAGCACAUUUAUGGAGCCUGUGGAACUUAUCCAUUUAUCCAUUUCAAAUAUCGAAGGCUGAUUUCCAAACAGGACCUAAAACUAUUGGCUGAAUACGUGUUUAUUCAAAAAGAAAGCUGCCAAAAUUCGCCAUUGUUAAUUUUUCAACCAAAAACUCCCUCCCUUAGCACAGCUCUUUGGCACGUGCCCACAGAUGGUAUUUUUUUUUUUAUAUGUUGACGUGCUGCUUAACGUCGAGGACCUGCUUGAGCCGUCCCCUCAUCGGGUGCCCUCUUUCAGGUCCUCACACUCCAGUGCUCGUACAUGCGUUGACCGCAUUGACCGUACCUCCUCCUCCUCCUCCUCCUCCUCCUCCGACCCGUUUACUAGUCGCCUUUCAUCCCGCUUUCGCUCGCUGGUCUGGGAAGCGGCCGCGUGCCACUGAGGGCACCUUACCCUCACUGACCCCUCGGGGGCCCCGGGAAGUGCUCCAUGAGACCGGGGGACCCCAGUGAAGAGGUGCUAAUCUGGAAACACCGAUUUAUCCUCAACCGAGGAACUCUUAGAAACCCUCUGAAUGUUGGCCAGCGUUUUACGAUUUCUUUUGAAAGUGUCUUUAGAUCCCGAAAUCUGGAGCGCCCAAUUGAUUACACGCUAGUCCCACUCCUUGACAUUGGGGGUUUUGUUUAACCGAGGGGUGUUCUAUGAAUUGGAUGAUGCUGCGUCCUUUCCAUGGAUGGUGGGGGGGUUGUCUCAAAGCUCGUCCCCUUUCACAAAUUAUGUUUGCAAGCCGUCGACUUAAGUUAUGCCAAAAUAGAUAAGGUAACGUUCCGGUUAAUUUAUCCGAUAUAUUAAUAUGCCUGAGUUGUGUGUCUAAACUGUGUUGUUUGCUCGUUCUACGGUACUAAAAGAAAAGAAAAAACGUAUUGCUGGGUCCUUGUUUUGUUUGGAGCAGUUCAUCUUUGAGUAAAACAAUAAAGUGCUUUUAUCUAUU